CAGCUACGGAACGUUAUCGCUAGUCGUAGUCGCUGUACUAUUUUAACUGGUCAUCGCCGCGCGACCGAUUUCUUGGUACAGGGUGUUAAGAACAAAUAACAACAAAAAUGUCGCAUUUAACAAACAAUAAAGCACUAGUAUGCGCAGCAGGAUGCAAAGACAUUAUAACGGACAUGAAAGAUGCGUUACAGUGUAAGUCCGAGACCUGCCAGAAGGUAUUUCACAGGCUAUGUAUCACUUCAAACAAACUGACAACAACAGAAAAAUCGAACUGGACCUGCCCGGAUUGUAAAGCGGCAUUGAAGAAAGGCGGUGAUAAUUCCGCCACCCCGGUUCGUAACCAACUUGUUGAUAACAUUACGGUGCGUAAAAAGAUCGUACAACAGCCUCAAAAAUCCGUAGAACCUCCGGAAUCACGGUCCCCUUCUACAUUAGAGACCAAAAUUCAAGCGUCUGAUGUGACGGGUGAAAGUGAAAGCAGUCUCGUUCGUGAAUUGCAGCUGUUCCGACUGGAACUGGCGGGGAUGCGCCAGGAACUUAGUACAAUGAACAACAACUUAGAAAAACUCUCAAACACAGUCAGUGGAUUGGACGACCGACUAACCAGCCUCGAACAGAGGGUACAGAUAUUAGAAGAUCAGCCCGUGCAACCAGGUGAUGUGCAGAACGAUAUCAAGGGUUUGAUGGACACCGUAGACCGCCUUAAGCUGGAGCUCAACGAUCGGGACCAGGAGCUUCUUUCUACCGAAGUGGAGAUAACGGGUAUUGUGGAAACAAGCAACGAAAGUCCGGUACACCUAGCAGUUCUGGUGGCGCAGAAACUGGGUGUGGAAAUGGAGUCCAGAGAUGUGGUUAGUGCCGAGCGCGUGGGAAUGAAACGCGCCCCGAACGACGGCAGUGAAGGCAGCGACGGCACCGGCACAGCCGGGAGGCCGCGGGCGCUGGUGGUGCGGCUGGCGCGUCGGGUCCACCGGGACAACCUACUGCGCGCAGCCCGCCGUGCCCGUGGCGCGGACACCUCCGGCUUCGACUUGCCCGGUCCACCUCGUAGAUUCUAUGUGAAUGAGCGACUGACGCGCACCAACCGGCAGCUUUUCUACAAAGCGCGCCACGAGGGUUCGCGCCUUAACUGGAGAUACGUCUGGACCCGUGACGGUCGAAUAUACGCCAGACGCCAGCCUAACACUCAAUCUCACAGGGUGCGCACGGAAGAUGACCUAAUAAAAAUUUUUGGUGUUCAGUCCGUUUGCUUGUAACGUUAGACAUUAACUGUUUAAUACGUUGUUUUCUAACUACUAUUACAUUUAUACUGUUUUUGAACUUAAAUUUACUAUCAGCUAUAAAAAGUAGUUUUUGCGACAUAAAAUGUACUAUUGCAAUAAGUUUGUUUACUAUCUUGUAUGUAAUUCACUCAAGUAUUGGAGUCAACUACUAUUUUCAACACUC